AUGCAGGACAGACUGUCAACAUGUGAUAGAAUAUUGAAAUGGAUCUCUGCUAUUGAUCCUGUCUGUGUGCUUUGCGAACAGGAAAUGGGGACAAGGAACCAUCUGUUUUACUCCUCCUCAUACUCGAGAGAAGUUUGGCAAAAACUGAUGAAGGGAUUGCUGCUUGGGAGAUAUACAGAGAAAUGGGAGGAGAUAGGUACACUUCUACUUGAUGAAAGCCAAGAUCGGGUGAAGUUAUAUCUGUUGAGAUACACUUUUCAAGCCGCUGCUCAUUCCAUUUGGAGAGAGAGAAACUGUAGAAGACAUGAGGAGAAGCAUCUCCCACACAUUUUGCUAGUGAAAGUCAUUGACAAGAAUGUGAGAAACAGAUUAUCUACCAUUAAACGCCAAGGAGGUCACAAAUUGGAAGGAGGGUUGAGAAUGUGGUUUGGUAGUAGAUAA